GUCGACGCUCCCCCUAGCUUCACUUGUCUGAUGUCGCUGCGUACCGUCCAAUCAUCACCGGCGAGUCACUCACUUUCCGUCUCUUCCAGAUGGGGUCCCCAUCCAUUGUGCCCCUGCCAUUCCUCUGGCCCAUGGGCGUACCCCGGGUGGAAGUCAGUACUGCCGAUGGAUGAAGACUUUUUAACGCUCUGACUCCGUAUAUAAUUUCCCCUCACUCCCCUCUUCUCUUUUCGCUCUCUUCCUCUCUUUCUUUCCUCCAUCCCCGUGAGCCUUUCCCCCCUCUGGAUGAACCGCCAUCAUGGGUGUCUCCAAUCUCCUAUCAAAGUUCGGCAAGCCUGCCGUGGAACAGCAUGAGGACUCGCAGGCUACUACUCCUGCUCGUGCCGACUCCACGCUGGAGAAGGACAGUGACCUCAUCGACGACAGUCCCGUCAAGUAUCUUACAUGGCGGUCCUUCAUCCUGGGUAUUGUCGUCUCCAUGGGUGGUUUCGUUUUCGGUUACGCAACUGGUCAGAUUUCUGGUUUCACCACCAUGGAUGACUUCAAGAGACGAUUCGCCGAGGUCCAGCCCGACGGAUCAUACAAGUUCAGCAACGUUCGCAACGGUCUCAUCGUCGGUCUUCUGUCGAUUGGUACCAUGAUUGGCGCUCUGGUCGCUGCUCCCAUUGCUGACCGCAUGGGACGCAAGUUCUCCAUCUCCUUCUGGUCUCUGGUCCACAUUGUCGGUAUCAUCAUCCAGAUGGCCACCGACAGCAAGUGGUACCAGGUUGCCCUCGGCCGUUGGGUGGCUGGUCUGGGUGUCGGUGCGCUGUCCAGCAUCGUUCCCAUGUAUCAAAGUGAAUCCGCUCCCCGCCAGGUCCGUGGUGCCAUGGUCAGUGCCUUCCAGCUGUUCGUGGCCUUCGGUAUCUUCAUCUCGUACUUGAUCAACUACGGUACCGAGACCAUUGAGUCGACCGCCUCCUGGCGUAUCACCAUGGGCAUUGGCUUUGCCUGGCCCCUGAUCCUCGGUGUGGGAACCCUCUUCCUGCCCGAGUCGCCCCGCUUUGCCUACCGCCAUGGCCGCAUUGAUGAGGCUCGCAAGACCAUGAGCAAGCUCUAUGGCGUUAGCCCCAACCACCGUGUGGUUGUGCAGGAGAUGAAGGAGAUGAAGGACAAGCUGGACGAGGAGAAAGCUGCCGGCGUAGCUGCCUGGCACGAGAUCUUCAGCGGUCCCCGCAUGUUCUACCGUACCGUUCUGGGCAUUGCCCUGCAGUCCCUGCAGCAGCUCACCGGUGCCAACUUCAUCUUCUACUACGGUAACAGUAUCUUCACCUCCACCGGUCUGAACAACAGCUACGUCACCCAGAUCAUCCUGGGCGCUGUCAACUUCGGUAUGACCUUGCCUGGUCUGUACGUUGUCGAGCACUUUGGCCGCCGGAACAGUCUGAUGGUCGGUGCUGGCUGGAUGUUCAUCUGUUUCAUGAUCUGGGCCUCCGUCGGCCACUUUGCUCUCGACCUGGCGGAUCCCUCCAACACUCCCCAGGCCGGUGCUGCCAUGAUCGUCUUCACCUGCUUCUUCAUCGUCGGCUUCGCCACCACCUGGGGUCCGAUCGUCUGGGCCAUCUGUGGUGAGCUGUACCCCGCCCGCUACCGUGCCAUCUGCAUAGGUAUCGCAACCGCCUCCAACUGGACCUGGAACUUCCUCAUCUCCUUCUUCACCCCCUUCAUCUCCAGCUCCAUCGACUUCGCUUAUGGUUAUGUCUUCGCCGCCUGCUGCUUCGCUGCCGUCCUUGUCGUCUUCUUCUUUGUCAACGAGACCCAGGGCCGCACCCUCGAGGAGGUCGACACCAUGUACGUCCUGCACGUCAAGCCCUGGCAGAGCAGCAGCUGGGUGCCCCCCGAGGGUAUCAUUCGGGAUCUGCACCCCGCUCCCGAGGAGAAUCAGAAGCAGGAGGGCCAGGGUCAGGUCGAGCACAACGAGCCCACCGAGAUCCGGGAGUAAACAUCCCGUCUCGAACUCAUGUACAGUAUUUCUGGGGACGGGUUCUGCAGAUUUUUCUUUUCAUGUUGCAUAUGAAUGAAUCACUCUAGUUCGCUUGAUGUGCAUACUCAUUGCAAAAGAUACGGCGUUCAAACGGUUACUGGGAGCAUUUAGACCAUCAAUCAAUCAAUCAAUCAAUCAAUUCUCAUA